GACCCUCUUCUAUCCGACUUUUGCUCCAUCACAGGCGCAUCUCCGAAAGAUGCAAAGCGGUAUCUUGACAAGCACCAGAGACGGCUUGACGCGGCAAUUGACGCUUAUUAUCAAGAGGGCGGAGGUAGAACAACCGUCGCUUCCACUAGCAAAUUGAAUGCCCUCUUCGAGAAAUACAAAGGCGAGUAUCCCAGUGGAGAUGAGAUUUCAAUAGAUGGAACUAUUCAGCUGUGUCAGGAUCUCAAAGUAGAUCCAGAGAAUGUCGUUCUACUCGCAGUAGCUUACGAAUUGAAAUCUCCGAGGGUUGGAGAGUGGAACAAGAAAGGGUGGGUAGAGGGAUGGUCGCGACUUGGGUGUGAUACAAUUGACGGCAUGAAAGAUGCUCUGACGCGCUUGCGUGCAAAGUUGGGAUCUGACUCAACAUAUUUCCAUAAGGUAUACGAUCACACGUUCAGCUUUGCUCGGACGGAAGGACAGCGGAGUCUCGCGAUCGACACAGCACUGGCAUUCUGGAAUCUAUUACUCCCCACAGGUCUGACAGGCGGUGCACUGAAACACGACUUGACAGGUGAAGAUAUAGAUAUGGACGGCGAGGGAAGUUUUGGAUGGACAGACGAGCACACGCAAUGGUGGUUCCAGUUUUUGACGGAGAAAGGGGGUAAGGGUGUGAGCAAAGACACGUGGAUGAUGCUGUUUGAUUUCAUCCGCUCCAUUGAUUCCCAAUUUUUGACACACGAUGCCGAGGCUGCAUGGCCAUCAGCGAUAGACGAUUUUGUGGCUUGGGCAAGAGCAACGGGGAAAGUCCUGACCCCAGAAGCGACAUGACCAUUAACGAGCGAGAUGACUUCGUGAAUUGUAGAAUAUCAUUCCCCGUGCAAAGUACGCCGUAUAUACCGAUGGGAAAGAAAGAGGUGUACCGUUGCAUCGGUCCAAUGACGCGCUUUGCAACGAACAGGGAAAAAACGAUCCAUUGUGAGCAACAGCCGCAUGCAAGACUUGAGAAUUUGAUCGCGAUCAUGUGAGCCUCUCUUUUGAUCGUGUUAAGGAUGGGAGGAAAUUGGUAUGUUUGAUUGUCGAAAAUCUUGGAGAGACAGGUUUUAUAACCACGGCCGCCAUCAGCUUUGGGGCAUCCCUGAUG